AUGAUGUUCCAAGGCGUCUCCAGGCCUUCGCUCGUCGUACUUGCCCUACAGCCUCUUGCACAACUAGUGCUAGCCGCACCUGAGCCGAGUGCAUCGGUCUGGCGUCAUGACACCCCAUAUCUCAGCCCAUGGGUCACUGUUAACUCUGAGGGCGUUGCCCAAACCGUUACACCUAGUGUCCAGGCGAGCGAUGGCUCAACAGUGACAGUAUUCGAGCCACCUGCGCCAUUAACGGAGACGUCGGCAUGGACAUUGACAAUCAAUGAUCAGAUAAAAACAAGCACGGGGCACAAUCCAGUUGCAACAGGCACAGGCAAUGGCGAGGAAGGAUCUUUCAUGGUUUGCGAUAAUUUUCGCGGUCGUUAUGCACCUAUUUGUCAACCUCGCGCGGGUAGUACCCUGGCAUCAGGGCAAGUCUACUUCAUCACUUGGGACAUUAUACACUUCACUGGUGGCAACGUCUCAGUCCAAGUCGGCGGUGACUACGGCAAUGGCACUGGAUUCGUCUCAGAAUUAAUGCCUGCGUCACGGGGAUUCUACACAUGGACUAUCGCAUCAGACUUCCUUCAAGAGAAGACCAAUCCAGCGACAGUCUCUCUGUAUAUUCUUACCGUGGACCAGAACGAUACUGCCGUCGCAUAUCAAGAAGAAGGGCCGACUGUAACGAUCGCCAGAAUGAAUCCAGUCGAGUCCGGGUUCGGGGGCAUAAAUGUGCUCGCAGUAGUUCUUCCGUCAGCCCUGGGCGUCGCCAUCGCCGCCUUCGAUAAGGACAUUGAGCCGCUCAAGUAA